AGGUGUGGAUAUUCCAGAGGCUCCCCUUCCUGACAACUUCCCCGAAGUAAAUAUGGACAGUACCAGGGUUCUCAUUACCGAGUUGAGUCAUCCAACGGUCACAUUACCACCCCCGAUGGUUUAUGAAGAUCCACUGGAGCGCUCUCUCAAGUACAUGGAGAAACACAGCAUCCUGCAGAUCUUCCAGGAGAUCACAGAAGAUUUGGUGUAUGAAAAGCCAGUGGACCCCCUGCAGUUUAUGCUGGAAAAGGUUCAAACCAUGAUUGUCAGCAAGAAGGACCAGUGA